CCAAGCGUCGCUGCGCGCCGCACCCUGAGCUCGACGAGCGCCCGCCUGGGCGGCGCCGCCGACAGCCACCACGGCCACGAAGACCACUACGACCCCCCCGGCGGCUGGCUGUUCGGCGUGCGCCCCGGCGAGAAGUACCAGCCUGAGGGCUGGGAGAAGAUCUGGACGUGGGGGUUCUUUGGCAGCUUGGGGCUGGCGGCUGUGGCGUACUGCUAUAAGCCGGAUACGAGCAUACAGACCUGGGCGCUCGAGGAGGCGCGGAGAAGGCUCGAAGCCGAGGGCAUCCUGCAGGACCCCGGCCUGAAGAAG